AUGGCAGGAAAUCAGGAAAGCAAUGUACGAAAACAACAAGAAACUGCUCCAACUCAGGAGAAAUCGCCAGUGGAUCAAAUUUCACCAGAAAAGGUUCCGAACAUGAACACUGAAUCAAUCGACAGCACAAAACAGUUGCUUGAAGUUCAGCGUGGCACAGGAAACGUUGCCGAUACAGCACUUGAUCUGAUUGCUCAAUUAUUGAGUGAGCGUUUGAAGAUGGUCGAAACUCAUCGGGAAGAAUAUCUGGAGGCAGUUAACUCGUACGUUGCUCUCGCUAAUGCUUCACUCACCUCAAAUAAAUAA